GCGACUUCAUCUUUGUCAGUGAACAAAAUGGCGCCGUACUGUGUCCUAGUCAGUCGGUUGCAGCAUGCAUUGAGUCAAGGUGUUCGGCGGUACCAUGUCGCUCCCGUCCUGUGCCAGCGGGCCAAGGUGUCCAUGAGCCAGUUUGAACCAAAUGAAUACGUACAGUAUGAAAAGCUUGAGAAAAACAUCAAUAUUGUUCGCAAAAGGCUGGACCAUCCCCUCACUUUGUCAGAGAAGAUUGUAUAUGGCCACUUAGAUGACCCUGUCAAACAGGAUAUUCAGAGGGGCAAGACAUAUCUACGUCUGCGACCAGACCGUGUAGCCAUGCAGGAUGCCACUGCUCAGAUGGCUAUGCUGCAGUUCAUCAGCAGUGGAUUGCCUAAAGUGGCAGUGCCCUCAACCAUCCACUGUGAUCACCUUAUCGAAGCUCAGUUAGGUGGUGAGAAAGAUCUUCGAAGAGCAAAGGAAAUUAACCAAGAAGUUUACAACUUCCUAGCCACAGCAGGUGCCAAAUAUGGAGUUGGUUUCUGGAAACCUGGAUCUGGAAUCAUUCAUCAGAUUAUCCUGGAGAACUAUUCCUAUCCUGGUGUUAUGCUUAUUGGUACAGAUUCCCAUACCCCCAAUGGAGGUGGUUUGGGUGGAAUCUGUAUUGGAGUUGGUGGAGCUGAUGCAGUGGAUGUCAUGGCAGGAAUUCCUUGGGAACUGAAAUGCCCAAAGGUAAUUGGUGUAAAACUAACUGGCAAGCUGUCAGGUUGGAGCUCUCCUAAAGAUAUAAUCCUGAAAGUGGCUGGCAUCCUCACUGUGAAAGGUGGUACUGGAGCCAUCAUAGAGUACCAUGGGCCUGGUGUGGACUCCAUCUCCUGCACAGGAAUGGCAACUAUCUGCAAUAUGGGAGCAGAGAUUGGUGCCACCACUUCAAUUUUCCCUUACAAUCACCGGAUGAAGAAAUAUUUGAACAAGACUGGACGAGCUGAGAUUGCUAGUUUGGCAGAUGAAUUCCAAGAAUACUUAAAGCCUGAUCCUGGCUGUACUUAUGACCAGCUGAUUGAAAUUAACCUUGAUGAGCUGAAGCCUCUUAUCAACGGGCCUUUCACUCCAGACUUGGCACACACUGUAGAUGAGAUUGGCACUGUGGCAGAACAGAAAGGUUGGCCAGCGGAUAUCAGAGUUGGGCUGAUCGGUAGCUGCACUAAUUCAAGCUACGAAGACAUGGGUCGGUCUGCUGCAGUGGCAAAACAAGCAUUAGCUCAUGGGGUUAAGUGCAAGUCUCAGUUCACCAUCACUCCUGGUUCAGAACAGAUCCGAGCCACCAUUGAAAGGGAUGGUUAUGCAAAAAUCCUGCGUGAUGUUGGUGGAGUUGUUCUCGCCAAUGCAUGUGGGCCAUGCAUAGGCCAGUGGGACAGGAAAGAUAUCAAAAAGGGAGAAAAGAAUACAAUUGUUACAUCCUACAACAGGAACUUCACAGGUCGCAAUGAUGCCAACCCAGAGACGCAUGCCUUUGUGACAUCUCCAGAGAUAGUCACAGCCCUGUCUCUUGCUGGCUCUCUGAAGUUCAAUCCAGAGAGAGACUUCCUGACAGGAGCUGAUGGCAAGAAGUUCAAACUUGAGGCACCUGAUGCUGAUGAGCUGCCCAAACUGGAUUUUGAUCCAGGACAAGACACUUACCAAUACCCUCCAAAGGAUGGCAGCAACCAGCAUGUGGAUGUGAGCCCUACCAGCCAGCGCUUGCAGCUUCUUGAGCCCUUUGAUAAAUGGGAUGGCAAAGAUUUGGAAGAUUUGCUGAUCCUCAUCAAGGUGAAAGGAAAAUGUACCACUGACCACAUAUCAGCAGCUGGACCUUGGCUCAAAUUCCGUGGCCAUCUGGACAACAUCUCAAACAACCUGCUGAUUGGAGCUAUAAAUACUGAAAAUGGCAAGGCUAACUCAGUGAGGAAUGGAUUAACCCAGGAAUUUGGGCCUGUUCCAGACACAGCCCGUUACUACAAGAAACAAGGUGUUCAGUGGGUGGUUGUUGGGGAUGAAAACUAUGGUGAAGGCUCGAGUCGAGAGCAUGCAGCGUUGGAACCACGGCAUCUAGGAGGAAGAGCCAUCAUAGUUAAGAGCUUUGCCAGAAUUCAUGAAACCAACCUGAAGAAGCAAGGCCUCCUGCCAUUAACCUUUGCUGAUCCUGCCGACUAUGACAAGAUCCAUCCUGUAGACAAGCUGAGCAUCGUAGGUCUGAAAGAUUUUGUUCCUGGAAAGCCCUUGAAAUGCAUCAUCAAGCAUCCUAAUGGGAGCCAAGAAACAAUCAUGCUGAAUCAUACCUUCAAUGAGCCCCAGAUCGAGUGGUUUAAAGCCGGUAGCGCACUUAACAGAAUGAAAGAGCUGCAGAAACACUGAACCCGCACAAACACGCACAUCCAGUGGACUUGAUGGCUGUCUUCAUAAAAAGUGCAAUUCUGCAACUCUUCUUGGGAAUAAAUGUCUGAUCAAAUGUAACCUUAGCUUCCUUUUUAUUACAGUACUUAUUUGCUGACACUGAUCGGAGUCUGUUUUUUUCUUUUUGGCAUUAUCAGGUUCUGGCUUCCUUAGCUCCCUACAUUGUGUUUGAUGCAUUUCAGAUGUGUCCCAUAUUACUUACUAUUUAUAUUUAAUUACCUACCUAAUUAUUUUUCUGCCCAAUCAUUUCAUUGAUGGUUAACGGAUGAAAAAUAAGAAUGUUUUGUGAAAAAACAAAAUAAAGAUUGUGACUGACA